AUGGAAUCUUUUUUUGCAAAUAAAAACGUAUUAGUUACUGGCGCCGGUCAAGGUAUCGGUAAAGAUGUGGCCGUGAAAUUGGCAAAAUUAAAAGCCAACGUUUACGCAUUGUCGAAAACUAAAAAAAAUCUCGAUUUAUUAACUUCGGAUGAAAAAAAUAUCACGAGCAUUUGUGUAGAUUUAAGCGAUUGGAAUGCAACUAAAGAUGCACUAGAAAACCUGCCCCCCAUUCACUGUUUGGUUAAUAAUGCAGGUAUUGCUAUCCUGGGCCCUUUUCUUGAAGCAAAACCUGAAGAAUUUGAUAAAAUUUUUAACACAAACGUUAAAGCCGUGAUUAACGUUAGUCAAAUCAUAGCAAAAAAAAUGAUUAAUAAUUCAAUAAAUGGCAGUAUAGUAAAUAUAUCUUCACAGGCAUCAAUGGUAGCACUAAAAAAUCAUUUAUUAUAUUGUGGUACAAAAGGAGCAUUGGAUGCGAUAACAAAAGUAAUGGCAUUAGAAUUAGGACCCCAUAAAAUAAGAGUGAAUUGUGUUAAUCCAACCGUCGUGAUGACGGAAAUGGGACGUUUAGGAUGGUCCGAACCUGAAAAAAGUCAAGAAUGUUAA